AUGUUGCGAACCUGCACCGUAGCACGAAACUCGUCCUCGUUGGUUUUUACCUUUGAGCAAGAGCUAAGUGAGAGCAACCAAGAACUAAAAUCACGCGAGGCCCCAGCAGACGAUGACAACGCAGAGGAGCGUAUCGUCGUAAAGUCUAUCGACUUCUCGUCGUUAUUAAAAACCAAGGAACCAUCAACGUCGACCACUGGGUUCUCUCCAUACGUCAAAGGAAACCAAACACAGAAGCUCCCAUUGCCACGUGACGGCUCUCGAUACUCUCCAUACAACAGGGAAAACCCAACAGAACCUCCAACUCCUCUUCCGACUCCAGCACGCACAAUCGCUCCAGCAGCUACCCCACCGCCGAACUGGGUCGGUCCUACCAUUGGCAAAUCAUCCGACACUGCGUGCUACAGGAAGACAUACCCCACUGACAGUGCUGGAACUUGCUCAUUGGGAUACUCAAAGGAAAAUGAAGCAUGCGCCGCACAGUGUCCACUGUCCUAUCCCGUAGAGUGCGCUGCCGAAUGCAUUCCCCAAAACGAUGAUUGUACACUUGCAGUUCUCAACAAAGUGACGUCGGUGCUCUCAGUUGCAGUCAAUAUUGCGACGUCGGGUGUAUUCAGCUCCAUCCUGUCCGCAUACAACGCCAUCAAGCGUGGUGUCACGUGUGCGACGAAUCUGUACUCAGUGAGUGUAGAACUCGCCCAGUUCCUACGAUACCGGCAGACAAGCACGAACGGCACAGAAGAGGAACUACUCUCUAUCGCGUACAGCUCGGACGUCUUCCUGAUCGAUAUGCCCGUCGCUAUUUGCAACUGUCUCGGUCUGCCAGUUCCUGCCAACGCAAAAUAUGCCGAUAUGGUGCUCACUGUAGCCGAGAACAUUGCCAAACAACUCAUCACGAACCGUGACACCGUCUUGAGCUCAGCAGAUGAAUUUAUGAAGUUCUUGCAGACGACGGACGGUACCAAUGUGACCAAAGAACUCGACAACGAGAGUAUCACCAAUCUCACCACAUUGAUUGAGUCGGGUUCAACGUGUGGCUACAAGCUAAAGAGGCUGACAGACCGCGUUAUCUCCUCUGUGAACGAUCUUCGCGUAAAGACACCGGACAUUUCAAAGGAGGAUAUCCGAUCGUUCAUGGGUCGUUCACCACUGGUACUGAAUGAUGUGCCCAUUGUGACAAACGAAUGUCUGGGUGAGCUUCUCCUUACUAAAACGAAAGAGGCAGCAUACGAAUCUCGCGACGUGCUUCGUAAAUCAUUCGGAGUUAUCAUCGACCAGCUGAUCGACAAGUCCAAAACUGACUUGGGAGCCUCGCUCACUGCUGAUGAGUAUAUGCUCCAGGUCUCGAACAUGGGUCUACUAGUACUUUCAUCUAUGGACCCUACAGGAAUCACAUACAUGACGUCGCAGUUCGUACAGCCGAUUUGUGGACCCACAGAGUUCCUGGGUGAGAUUGAUGAUGGAUCACUCGCCGAUGCUCUGGGACUCAAGACUAAAGACGACGCCUUUGCCGGCAGCGACGGCACGUGGAAAAAAGCAGGCGACGGUGUUGUCCAACUCACGUUUGUUAGCACAGAUACCGAAGACGAGGCGACGCGGUUGCAGAGGUGA